UAAAAAGAAUCGGUUCAGAACCACGACUCGCUUGGGAAUCGGACAGUAAACCCCUGCAAACUGAGCUGUUAUUUCUGGCUUUUUGGCUGUAAACCCCAUUGUUCAUUCAGUGGCUACACCGCAAAAAAGACGCCGAAAUGGCAGACAAAGAAGUGUACGAUGAUGCAGUGGAGGAGAGAGUCAUAAAUGAGGAAUACAAGAUCUGGAAGAAAAACACACCAUUCCUGUACGAUCUAGUCAUGACACAUGCACUCGAGUGGCCCAGUCUAACAGUGCAGUGGCUUCCUGAUGUCAACAGGCCUGAGGGAAAGGACUACGUGGUUCAUCGGCUGGUGUUGGGCACACACACAUCAGAUGAGCAGAACCACUUGGUUAUCGCCAGUGUUCAGAUCCCUAAUGAUGACGCUCAGUUCGACGCAUCCCACUAUGACAGUGAGAAAGGAGAGUUUGGAGGGUUUGGAUCGGUGAGCGGAAAGAUCGAAAUUGAAAUUAAGAUCAACCAUGAAGGAGAAGUGAACAGAGCCAGAUACAUGCCACAAAACCCCUGCAUCAUCGCCACCAAGACCCCCACUUCAGACGUGCUUGUGUUUGACUACACCAAACACCCAUCCAAGCCAGACCCCAGUGGAGAAUGUAGUCCAGACCUGAGACUGCGGGGGCAUCAGAAGGAGGGAUACGGUUUGUCCUGGAACCCCAACCUGAGUGGAAACUUGCUCAGUGCAUCAGACGACCAUGUGAGAGAUCUCACAUCAACGCAUAAAAUCGGAGAAGAGCAGUCUGCGGAGGAUGCAGAGGACGGGCCACCUGAGCUGCUGUUCAUUCAUGGUGGGCACACAGCUAAGAUCUCAGAUUUCUCCUGGAACCCAAAUGAACCUUGGGUAAUCUGUUCUGUGUCAGAGGACAACAUUAUGCAAGUAUGGCAGAUGGCUGAGAACAUUUACAAUGAUAAAGAGCCAGACACCCCUGCGUCAGAGCUGGAGGGACAGGUGUCUUAACUGAUCUUAUUAAAGAUCUACAACCCUUCUUACUUCUCAGCUUUUGCUUUGCAGUAUUAUUCAGUAAAAUCUAUCCUCUUACUUCCUGCUCAAUACAUGCCUUCUGUAGACACUUUUCUAAAAGGUUCACCCCUCAUCCAUUGCGGUAGAGAAGUUUGGCCUCAGAUGGUUUGGAAAAAGACUGCACCACUUAUUCAAUCACUUCUGAGAAGUUACGGCCUGGUGUGGCUUAUCACAGUUUUACUUUUCGUGCAUAAACCUGAUGUCAAUUUGCAAUAAAUCUUUUGUAAUAACUUUUAAAAUGAUUUUGUAUUCCUAAAUUGUUGAUAACGGUCUGUACUUCAGUUGUUGAAAAUAAAGUACAGAUCAACAGUUA